AUGGAGUUGCAGAUUGCUUCGGGAAUCCUGAUCGAUCUCCAGCAACUGGAACAGAAUUGUCGCGGUGUAAUUUGUCGAAUUUAUCCAUGCGCAGCGAAUUUCGGAAUGCACCUUCGUCUUGUUUUAAACCCACGAGGAGAGGCAAUGAUGUCGAACGCCGGCGGCACGCCGGCGCGGCGGAACAGCGAUGAGUCAGUCUCCCCGAGGUGCGUCCUCGACGACGGCUACAUGACAGGCAACAGCACCACCACCACCACCACCAGCACGCCAGCAACGACGACAAUGGCAACGACGAGCACGUUGUUUCCAGCUAUCACGGCGGCGACGUACAUCGACCCGUCCGCGCUGCUGAAGGCAACAACGGCGGCCGGGCGGCGCGACGGGCCGGCGGCGCCGCCGUGGAAGGCCGUGGCCGAGGCGUGGCGCUCCAGGGCCAAGCGCCAGCUCUCCGGCCGCAUCCCGUCGCUGGGUCCCACGAUGUCGUCGACGCUCCGGCGCCUAAGCAUCCGCCGGCCGGACAACGUCGAGGUGCACGAGUUCUGCGUCCUCAAGCCGACCCUCCGCACCUUCUCCCUCGCCGAGCUUAAGAAGGCCACCCGCAACUUCAGCAAAGAGAACAUGGUGGGCAGGGGAGGGUUCGCCAAGGUGUACCGGGGCAGCCUCCCGGGCGGCGAGCUUGUGGCGGUGAAGAAGCUGACGGCGGCGCAGGGGGCAGACCGGAUGGAGGGCUUCCUGUCGGAGCUGGGCCAUGUGGUGAACGUGAGCCACCCCAACAUCGCUAGGCUCGUGGGCGUGGGCGUCGACGGCGGCGAGCACCUCGUGUUCCCCUUCUCCCGCCUCGGCUGCCUCUCCGGGAUGCUCCACGGCAGCGGCGGCGCGGAGCCCAUGCCGUGGGAGGCGAGGUACAGGGUGGCGGUGGGCACGGCGCGCGGGCUGGAGUACUUGCACGAGAGGUGCGCAAGGAGGAUCGUGCACAGGGACAUCAAGCCCGCCAACAUCCUCCUCAUGGACAACUAUGAACCCCUGAUCUGCGACUUCGGGCUGGCGAGGUGGCUGCCGGCGAAGCUGACACACCUGCAGGUGACGGUGUUCGAGGGCACCUUCGGGUACGUGCCGCCCGAGUACACGACGCACGGCGUGUUCAGCGAGAAGACGGACGUGUUCGCGCUCGGCGUCGUGCUGCUCGAGCUCCUCACCGGCCGCCGCGCCAUCGACGCCGCCAAGCUCAGCCUCGUCGCAUGGGCGAAGCAGUACCUCGACGUGGAGGACGGCGAGGAAGACGGCGACGAGACCCUGAAGAUGGCCGACCCUGCGCUGGGCGGGCGGUACGACGCCGAGCAGCUCCGGAACAUGGCGUGGGCGGCCAAACUCUGCGUCCACACCUCCCCACACCACCGCCCACAGAUGAGCGAGGUGGUGCAGAUACUGGUAGGAGAGGGGGCGCAUCCACGUGGCGGUGGGAGGUACGGUGGGGCCCACCAGCCCGAUGAGCUGCAGGAAAUGAACGGCUACGAUGCAGCAGCGGGAUAUGUGGAUGAUCUGAGUCGCCAUAAGGCGCUCGCCUUCGCAGUCGACUUGGACUCACCACGAACAUACACCCAGCACGUCUCUUCUUGA